AUGGAGGGUCAAUCAAAUAGCGAUCCUCCAUCACCAACACUUGCACCCAUCGUAGUGAAUGAAGCAUUGUUUGAAGAGAUUUGUAAAUAUCUUGUAAAGAUUUGUCCGCCACUUUUAGAUGGUGAUGCCUCUGUCUUUCAAAACAACCUCAAUCAAGUAGAAUCUCAAUCCAUCAUUAAAAAGUUUGCUGGUGAUUCAAAGAUCCCAGUACUAUUGAUUCAAAAGCAUGGUGGCAAUGAUGAAGAAACAUCUUCAUCAUCAUCAACAUCAACAACUACAUCACCAUCAACUCCAUUAAAAGAAUACUUUACAUUUGAAAAUCAAGUAAAAUUUGAAGGUGAAAGAGUCAAUUCAUUGACCAUUGUAAAGAGAGUCCCAGAAUCUGUGAUUGAUAGCAUUAAAUCGGUAUCAUCACAACUCCAAGUCAUCAAUCUUGGUGAAGGUGCUCCAUUUGAUACUCUUCACAAUUUCAUUCACAACUCUGUCGCUCCAUUCAUUCGUUCAUUUGCUUUGAAAUCUCAAACUCAAAAGAAUACAAAUACCGUUGAAAAGGAUGUUAAAUUAGGAAUUGGAGCAGUCAAUCAAAAGAUUGCAGAAUUAGAAUUAUCAUUGUAUAAUUGUAAACAACAAGUACAAAUUCCAGAGGUGAUUCUUAAUAUUCAUCCAGAUAUUAGAGCCGUUGCCAAAAAGGUCAAGGAUACACAGGGACGUGCUAUCAAGGCCGAGGACAUGAGUGAUUUGGCUCAGAGUCAGGAGUUCCUCAACAGCUUGCAAGCCGGUGUCAGCCAGUGGGUCAAAGACAUCCAAAAGGUGACCAAGCUCAAAUCGAUCGAGGAGUUUAUCGUCGACAGCUCGACCAGCACCUCGCAAGAGAUCAACUUUUGGCAACAACUCGAGCAAUCACUCAACCAUAUCAACGAGCAGUUAAAGUCGCCUGAAGCCGAGACAUCGUUGUCUGUCUUGAAACAAGCCAAACGUUUCUUGGCUACCGUCUCCUUUGACACUGAUACCAUCGGUUUGAAGAAAGCAAUGGAAAAGGUUGUCAACUACAAGACAUUGAUCAAGGAUUUCCCAAUCACUCCUCUUUUGACUGCCACCGACAUUGAGUCUGUCUCCACUGCUGUGACUGGUAUCUUUUCGCAUCUUAAAAAGUCAAAGAACUCGUACUACCCAAUCGAGCGUUACUUGGCACUUUUGGAAGCUGUCGGUCGUGACAUGUGCCAAAAGGUGUUGUCGAUCCUCAAGCAACGUCAACUCAUGCACAUUGACUACACCGAGUUUGAAAAGGCCACCGCCUCGUUCCGUGCCCUCUUUUCGCUCUGGGACGACCAGUUUGUUCAGUUCCGUGAAAUCCUCAGAGAGAUUGCCAGAAAGCGUGGUAGCGAUCGUGUACCACUACUCGUCAACGUCGACAACCGUCGUUUGAUUGAUCGUGUGCUCAAGUUGCGCAAGUUCCGUCGUCAACAUGAUGAGCUCAAGACUGUCAUCUCGACCGUCCUCCCCUCGCAACAACACGCCGGUGAGAUCAAUGCCAUCAAAGAGAUCAAUGAAGCCUACGAAGACAUCAAAGACAUUGACGUACUCCUCCUCACCCAAGAAGGUGAUGAUCUCUGGGUCAGUGCCCAGAAAAAGUACAACAACCGUAUCGAUCGUGUUGAAUCUUACAUUACCACCAAACUUCGUGAUCGUCUUGCCACUGCCAAAAAUGCAAAUGAAAUGUUUAGAGUAUUCUCCAAAUUUAAUGUUUUAUUCUUUAGACCAAGAAUUAGAGAAGCAAUUCAAGAAUAUCAAACACAAUUAAUUGAAAGAGUAAAGGAUGAUAUUAAAGUGUUGCAUGAAAAGUUUAAACAACAGUAUAGUCAAUCUGAAGCAUCGUACAUGUCACAGUUGAGAGAUUUGCCACCGGUAUCUGGAGCCAUUAUUUGGGCACGUCAAAUCGAACGUCAGUUGGACACUUAUAUGCGUCGUGUAGAGGAUGUAUUGGGUGAGAGUUGGGAGUCGGAUGCCGAAGGACAAAAGCUAAAGGCAGAAGGUGACCAAUUCCGUUCCAAGCUAAAUGCCGAACACAUCUUUAACAAAUGGGUGCAAGACACUUACAGUCGUUCGUUUGAAGUGAGUGGCAAGAUCUUGACCGUCAACAAGAAGGGUAGCAAGUUGUCGUUGGACAUUAAUUUCGAUUCACAUAUUAUCAUGUUGUUCAAGGAGGUUAGAAAUUUGCAGAGUCUUGGAUUCCGUGUACCACUCAACAUUAGUUUUAUUUCAUCGACUGCCAAGCAAGUGUAUCCAUUUGCAGUGUCACUCAAAGAGACGUUGAGAACUUAUACUCAGACAUCGGCCAAGAUCACUCACGAGAUUGCUCCAUUGAUUGCCGCUUACAAGCGUGAUGUGCAGCAAUCGUUGACUGAGGGAUUCAAGUUAAAGUGGGAGUCGUUACCUCAACUCGACCCAUAUGUACGCAAGUUGUCUACCUUUGUCAAUGCGUUCCGUGACAAGGUUGAUGACCUCAUUAUCAAGUAUGGUGAGAUUACCAAGCUACUCGAUCGUCUUCGUAGCUGUCCAUUCAAGCACGAGACUUUUGAAGAGAUCUUGGCCGACAUUCAAAAACUGGUCGAUGAGCUCAAUCUUGCUUCGUACAGUAAUUUGUCGUUGUGGGUUGGUCAGUUGGAUCAGAUGGUCGAGCACGUCCUCACUGAACGUUUGCACGAUGCCAUCAACAGCUGGAUUCUCCUCAUUGAAGGUCGCGAAGAACAACAAGGUGGUGCUGACAAGACUGGAUCGACCACCUCUUCGUCACGUCUCCAAUAUGCUUCUCGUGUCCGUCAAAACAAGGCUGCCGACAAGAACACCUCUGGCGAAGACAAACAAGACGGUACAUCAGACUCGGUCGUCAUCUCUACCAUCAAACCAAAGUUAGAGACAUCGAUUCACGAGGUUGUCAUUCGUAACCAAGUAUUGUCCCUCGACCCACCCCUCGAGUUUGCUCGUGUCAACUGGAUCCAACAGUUGCACCAAUGGCUCAACAUUGUAUGUGAUCUUCCACGUAUCCAAGCAUCUCGUUAUGACGAGGGUAUUACCCACCGCGAGCUUGAAAACAAGUCGAAAAAGACAUUCCGUGAUAUGUUGGCCAAGUUGCCACGAGAAACACUCGACAAGGCCUACGCAACCAUUCAAUCCAAGUUGGACGAGGUACACCGCUACGUGCAGAUCUGGUUGCAGUACCAAGCACUCUGGGACAUGGAGUCGUCGUACGUGUACAACAAGCUCGGUGACGACCUCAGUCGCUGGCAAAACCUCCUUGGUCAGAUCAAAAAGUCGCGUACCACCUUUGACAAUAGUGAUACUGACAAGGCUUUUGGUCCAUUAAUCAUUGACUAUGCUCAAGUACAAGCUUCUGUCAACAACAAGUACGACUUUUGGCACAAAGAUAUUCUCUCUCACUUUGGUCAAAAGUUGGCUGAAAAGAUGCGUGCCUUUUACGACACGAUCGCUGCCAGUCGUACUGAACUUGAAAAGUUGUCAGUCGAGUCUGUUUCAACCGAAGAAGCAGUAUCAUUUAUCAUCCAGAUUCAAGAGAUGAAACGUCGUUUAAUUGGAUGGGAGGCUGACCUCAAGUAUUACCGUGCCGGUCAGGAUUUACUCCAACGUCAACGUUUCCAAUUCCCCAACGAUUGGUUGGAUUGCGAUAUGGUGGAAGCCGAGUGGUCUGCCUUUAACGACAUUCUCAACCGUAAGAAUGCUUCCAUGGCCGACUCGAUUCCACAACUCCAGGCCAAGAUCCUUGCCGAGAGCAAGUCCAUUUCUGACCGUAUCCGCGAGUUUGCCGAAGACUGGUCCAACAACAAGCCGUUGGCUGGUUCGCUCAAGCACGCUCAAGCACUCGAAACCAUCCGUGUCUUUGAGAGCCGUAUGAUUCGUCUCAGAGACGAGAACAACCGUUUGCAAAAGGCCAAGCAGGCACUCGACCUGGUCGACCAGACCGGCGGGUCGUCCGACGAAGAGCGUCUCCAACCAGUCGAGGAAGAGAUGCAAGAUCUCAAGGCUGUAUGGUCCGAGCUUGCCGCUACAUGGGGCGAGAUUGACACAUUGCGUGAGACUGCCUGGUCGGCCGUCGUGCCACGUAAGGUGAGAAAGUCGCUCGAAGACACACUCACCAAACUCAAGAACUUGCCCAAUCGUAUCCGUCAAUACUCUGCAUUUGACCAUGCACAGCUCACACUCAAGGGUCUGCUCAAGGGUAACGCCAUCAUCACUGAUCUCCACAGUGAAGCCAUUAAAGAACGUCAUUGGAAGAUUCUCAAGAAACGUCUCAACUCGAACUGGAUCCUCACCGAGAUGACACUCGGCUCCAUCUGGGACUCGGAUAUUGUGCGUAACGAACAUAUCUAUCGUGAGGUGAUUACCGCCGCUCAGGGUGAAAUUGCACUCGAAGAGUUCCUCAAGCAGGUGCGCGAGUAUUGGACUGCCCUCGAACUCGACCUUGUCAACUACCAACGCAAGUGCAAGCUUAUCCGUGGUUGGGACGACCUCUUUAGCAAGUUGGCCGAGCAUCUCAACUCGAUUGCUGCCAUGAAGAUGUCGCCAUUCUACAAGGUCUUUGAAGAAGAGGCUACUGCCUGGGACGACAAGCUCAACCGUCUUCGUGCACUCUUGGAUGUCUGGAUCGACGUCCAACGUCGUUGGGUAUACCUUGAAGGUAUCUUUUCAGGUUCCGGUGAAAUCAACCAAUUGUUGCCAGCCGAAUCCAGCCGUUUCAAAUCGAUCAAUAGCGAGUUUAUCAAUCUCAUGAAAAAGGUCAGUACUGCUCCACUCGUCCUCGAGGUGCUCAACAUUGAACGUAUCCAGUUUACCAUGGAACGUCUCGCUGAACUCCUCGGCAAGAUUCAAAAGGCUUUGGGUGCCUACCUCGAGCGCCAACGUGCCGCAUUUGCCCGUUUCUACUUUGUCGGUGAUGAAGAUUUGCUUGAAAUCAUCGGUAACAGUAAAGAUAUCAUCAAGAUCCAGAAACACUUUAGAAAGAUGUUUGCCGGUCUUGCCAACCUCAUCCUCGACGAUGAAAAGACAACUAUUUUGGGUAUGGCCUCUGGUGAAGGAGAGACUGUCAUGUUUAAGCGUCCCGUCAGCAUUGCCAACGGACCAAAGAUCCACGAAUGGUUGACAGCCGUCGAAAAUGAAAUGCGUAAUACUUUGGCUGUAUUGUUGGGCGAGUCUCUCAAGCACUACCAGUCGAUCUCAGAGACCGAUGUCGAAGCAUUCUCCAAAUGGGUCGAUCUCUUCCCCACUCAACUCGUUAUCCUCACCAUCCAAACUAUCUGGUCUCAAAACGUCGAUCGUAUCCUCACAGAGAACAACGCAACUCAACAACUCGACCAACUCGAGAAACACAUCCAAAACAUUCUCGGUAAUCUUGCCGACCAGGUGUUACUCGACUUGCAAGCACAAAAGAGAAAGAAAUUCGAACAUCUCAUCACCGAACUUGUCCACCAACGUGACGUUGUCCGUCAAUUGUCGCGAAACAAGGUUGUAUCCAACAAGGACUUUGACUGGUUGUACAACAUGCGUUUCUACUAUGACGACAAGCAAGAGAAUGUCUUGCACAAGCUCACUAUCCUCAUGGCCAACGCCCAGUUUUACUAUGGUUACGAAUACCUCGGUAUUGGCGAACGUUUGGUACAGACCCCACUUACCGAUCGUUGCUACUUGACCCUAACACAGGCACUCGAGUCGCGUAUGGGUGGUAAUCCAUUCGGUCCUGCCGGUACCGGUAAAACCGAGACUGUCAAGGCACUUGGUAACCAGCUCGGACGUUUUGUACUCGUAUUUUGUUGCGACGAAGGUUUUGAUUUCCAAGCCAUGUCACGUAUCUUUGUCGGUCUCUGUCAAUGCGGUGCAUGGGGUUGUUUCGACGAGUUCAAUCGUUUGGAAGAACGUAUCUUGUCGGCCGUCUCACAACAGAUCCAGACCAUCCAAGUGGCACUCAAGGAAAAGGCCAAGGAGGUCGAGUUGAUCGACAAGCACGUACAGAUCCAUCCAGACAUGGGUAUCUUUGUGACAAUGAAUCCCGGUUAUGCUGGCCGUUCCAACUUGCCAGACAAUCUCAAACAGUUGUUCCGUUCGAUGGCCAUGAUCAAGCCCGACAGAGAGAUGAUUGCCCAGGUCAUGCUCUACUCGCAGGGUUUCAAGACCGCCGAAGUGUUGGCCGGCAAGAUCGUCCCAUUGUUCAAGCUCUGCCAAGAACAGCUCUCGUCACAGAGCCAUUACGACUUUGGUCUUCGUGCCUUGAAGUCCGUGUUGGUGAGUGCCGGUGGAUUAAAGAGAAAGAUGAUUGCACCACGCCGCGAAUCAGGUGUCGAUGACGAUAAGUUUGCCGCCAUCUACAAUGCCUAUGAAAUUCGUGUCCUACUCAACUCUAUCACCGACACUAUGAUCCCCAAGUUGGUGGCCGACGAUAUUCCAUUGAUCCAGUCGUUGUUACUCGACGUCUUCCCAGGCAGCGAAUUGUCACCUAUCCACAUUGAAGGUUUGCACGAACAAAUCAAGAUUAGUUGCGAUAAGCGUCACCUUGUCAACCGUACAGAAUGGGUUGAAAAGAUCUUGCAGUUGCAUCAAAUCCAAAACAUUAAUCACGGUCUCAUGAUGGUCGGUCCAAGCGGCAGCGGCAAGUCGUGUGCUUGGAAUGUAUACCUCGAGGCCAUUGAAGCACUUGAUCACGUCAAGUCAGAGGCUCAUGUACUCGAUCCCAAGGCUAUCACCAAGGACCAGUUGUUUGGCUCGCUCGACACAACCACCCGUGAGUGGACCGACGGUCUCUUUACCGCCACCCUCCGUCGUAUUAUCGAUAAUGUCCGUGGUGAGAGUUCCAAGCGUCACUGGAUCAUUUUCGACGGUGACGUUGAUCCCGAGUGGGUUGAGAAUCUCAACUCUCUCCUCGAUGACAACAAGCUGCUCACACUCCCCAACGGUGAGCGUUUAGCAUUGCCAAAUAACGUGCGUAUCGUAUUCGAAGUACAAGACCUCAAGUAUGCUACCCUUGCUACCAUCUCUCGUUGCGGUAUGGUCUGGUUCUCGGAAGAGACAUUGACCACCCAAAUGAUCUUUGACAACUAUCUCAAGACAAUCGACAAUGAACCAUUUGACGAGCAAGAAAAGGAGAGACAGUUGCGUAACGAGAAUCAACAGACCGGAGGUGCCGCCGCUCAACCAAUCACCAUCACACCCGGUCUCGCCGUCCAAAAGGAUUGUGUUGCCAUCAUCGCACCAUACUUUGAAGCUGGUGGUUUGGUGCACAAGGUUAUGGACGACGCUGCCCAACGUCCACAUAUUAUGGACUUUACACGUUUGCGUGCAUUAAACUCAUUCUUUUCGUUGCUCAACCGUUCGAUUCAGAACAUCAUCGAGUAUAACCAGUUGCACAGCGAUUUCCCAAUGUCGCCAGAGAAUGUGUCUACCUACACUACCAACCGUCUUCUUUACUCGUUGAUGUGGGGUUUGGGAGGUUCGAUGGGUCUCGCCGAGAGAGAAUCGUUCUCCAAGUUUAUCCAAACGGUUGCUAUCACACCUGUCCCCGCUACCACUAUCCCUCUUCUCGACUAUGCCGUCAACCUCGAUGAUGCUCAAUGGUCAUUGUGGAAGAACAAGGUGCCAGUUGUCGAAGUCGAGACACACAAGGUUGCUUCACCCGAUGUUGUCAUUCCAACCGUCGACACGACCCGUCACGUAGACGUGUUGCACGCUUGGUUGUCUGAGCAUCGUCCACUCAUUUUGUGCGGUCCACCAGGUUCGGGUAAGACUAUGACCCUCACCAGUACCCUGCGUGCAUUCCCAGACUAUGAAGUUGUAUCACUCAACUUUUCGUCGGCUACUACCCCCGAACUCAUCCUCAAGACAUUCGACCACCACUGCGAGUACAAGCGUACGCCAUCGGGCGACACUGUGCUCCGUCCCGUUGCCAUAGGCAAGUGGUUGGUCGUCUUUUGCGAUGAAAUCAAUUUGCCAUCGGCCGACAAAUACGGCACUCAACGUGUCAUCACGUUCAUCCGUCAGCUCGUUGAAAAGGGUGGGUUCUGGAGAACAUCUGAUCACACUUGGAUCAAGCUCGACAAGAUCCAAUUUGUCGGUGCUUGUAAUCCACCAACCGACGCUGGUCGUGUCCCACUCUCCCAUCGUUUCUUGCGUCACGCUCCACUGCUCCUCGUCGAUUUCCCGUCGACAUCGUCGUUGACUCAGAUUUACGGUACAUUCAAUCGUAGUUUGAUGAAGUUGCUUCCCAACUUGCGUGCGUUUGCCGAGAACUUGACCGAUGCAAUGGUCGAGUUUUACAGCAUGUCACAGAAGCGAUUCACACCCGAUAUGCACGCACAUUACAUCUACUCUCCAAGAGAACUGUCGCGUUGGGUACGUGCACUCCUCGAAGCCAUCCAAACCAUGGAAGGAUGUACUUUGGACGGACUUGUCCGUCUCUGGGCACACGAAGGUCUCCGUCUCUUCCAGGAUCGUUUGGUCGAAGCCGAAGAACGCGACUGGACCGACAAAAAGAUCGACGAGACUGCCUACAAGUACUUCCCCAACCUCGCUCACGACGCUCUCAAACGUCCCAUUCUCUACUCGAACUGGUUGUCCAAGGACUACGUCCCAGUCGAACGUGCCGCUCUCCGUGAAUACGUCAAGGCUCGUCUCAAAGUCUUUUACGAAGAAGAACUCGAUGUCCCACUCGUCUUGUUCAAUGAAGUACUCGACCACAUCCUCCGUAUCGACCGUGUCUUCCGUCAACCACAAGGUCACGCAUUGCUCAUUGGUGUGUCUGGUGGAGGUAAGUCUGUGUUGUCACGUUUUGUUGCAUGGAUGAACGGUCUCUCUAUCUACACUAUCAAGGUAAACAACAACUACAAGGCAACCGACUUUGAUGACGAUCUUCGUAUGUUGUUGAAACGUGCCGGUUGCAAAGAGGAAAAGAUUUGCUUUAUUUUCGAUGAGUCCAAUGUCCUCGAAUCAUCUUUCCUCGAGCGUAUGAAUACCCUCUUGGCCGGUGGUGAAGUACCAGGUCUCUUUGAAGGUGAAGAAUACACCGCUUUGAUGCAUCAAUGCAAGGAAACUGCUCAACGUAACGGUAUGAUUAUGGAAUCCGAGGAAGAGUUGUACAAGUUCUUUACUCAACUCGUCCGUCGUAACUUGCAUGUUGUCUUUACAAUGAAUCCAGCAUCACCAGAUUUCCACAACCGUUCUGCCACCUCUCCCGCUCUUUUCAAUCGUUGCGUACUCGAUUGGUUUGGUGAAUGGUCCGACGAAGCAUUGUUCCAGGUCGGCUCAGAGUUUACACGUAACCUCGAUCUCGAGAAUCCACAGUACUUGGCACCAGGACAAUUUGUCGACGAGGUUGAGAACCACUCGAUGAUUGCCAAGCCACCCUCGCACCGUGACGCCGUUGUCUCGAGUUUGGUGUACAUUCACCAGACGAUUGGCGAAGCCAACAUCCGUCUGCUCAAGCGUCAAGGACGUCAAAACUACGUCACCCCUCGUCACUACCUCGACUUUAUCAACCAGGUGGUGUUGCUGAUCAACGAGAAGCGCGAGCAACUCGAAGAGGAGCAAUUGCAUCUCAACAUUGGUCUCAAGAAGCUAAGGGACACUGAGCAACAGGUCAAGGACCUCCAAAUCAGUUUGGCACAAAAGAACAGAGAGCUCGAAGUCAAGAACGACCAGGCCAACCAAAAGCUCAAGCAAAUGGUGCAAGACCAACAGAUCGCCGAGCAAAAGCAAAAAGAGGCUGUCGAAUUGCAAGCCCAACUCGACGUUCGUAACAAGGAGAUCCACAUCCAAAAGCAAAAGGCAUACGCCGACCUCGAAAAGGCCGAGCCUGCCAUCAUUGAAGCACAAGAGUCGGUGUCUACCAUCAAAAAGAAGCACCUCGACGAAAUCAAGGCCCUUCCCAACCCUCCCACAGCCGUCAAGUUGGCCAUGGAAGCUGUCUGUCUCAUGUUGACGGGCAAGAAGUUGGAAUGGGGAGACAUCCGUAAAAAGAUUAUGGAAACCACCUUUAUUGCAUCGAUUGUCGACUAUGACACCAAGAAGCAGUUGACCAACAAGAUUCGUGAUGCUGUCAUGAAGCAGUACGUGCAAGAUCCAAACUUUAACUAUGAAGCUGUCAACAGAGCUUCCAAGGCCUGUGGACCACUCGUCAAGUGGGUGUCUGCCCAAGCCACCUAUUCCGAGAUUCUCGACCGUGUCAAACCAUUGCGUGAAGAGGUUGAGCAACUCGAGGUUGCUGCCAACUCUCUCAAGACCAAGCAAGAAGAACUCGUCAACACAAUCGACUCUCUCAACAGCUCCAUCAAUACGUACAAGGAUGAAUACGCUACACUCAUCCGUGACACUGAAUCGAUCAAGGUUGAAAUGAUCAAGGUCAAGACAAAGGUUGAUCGUUCCAUUGCACUUUUGGAGAACCUCAAUUCUGAACGUGGACGUUGGGAGUCACAAUCUGAAAACUUCCAAGUACAAAUGGCCACUGUUGUAGGAGAUGUUGUCCUAGCAUCAGCCUUUUUAGCUUACAUUGGUUUCUUUGAUCAACACUUUAGAGCCGAAUUGAUGCGCAAAUGGAUGGACCGUCUUGAAAUGGUCGGCAUCAAGUUUAAGCCAGAAUUAUCGGUACCAGACUUUUUGUCGCGUCCAGAGGAACGUCUCCAAUGGCAAGCCAACUCGUUGCCAGCCGACGAUCUCUGUGUCGAGAAUGCUAUCAUGUUGAAACGUUUCAACCGUUAUCCAUUGGUCAUCGAUCCAUCUGGUCAAGCCAUGGAAUUCUUGCUCAACCAAUACCAAGACAAAAAGAUCACAAAGACUUCUUUCUUGGACUCAUCGUUUAUGAAGAAUCUCGAAAGUGCCCUUCGUUUCGGUUGUCCUCUUCUCGUACAAGACGUUGAAAACAUUGAUCCCGUCCUCAAUCCAGUACUCAACAAGGAAAUCCGUAAAAAGGGUGGUCGUAUCCUCAUCCGUCUCGGUGACCAAGACGUUGAUUUCUCGCCAUCUUUCAUGAUCUUCCUCUUUACACGUGAUCCAACUGCUCACUUUACACCGGAUCUCUGCUCUCGUGUCACGUUUGUCAAUUUCACCGUCACACCAUCCUCAUUGCAAUCACAAUGUCUCCACGAAGCUCUCAAGAGCGAGCGUCCAGACACUCACAAGAAGCGUUCCGAUCUUCUCAAGGUGCAAGGAGAGUUCAAGGUCAAACUUAGAACACUCGAAAAGUCGCUCCUCAACGCUCUCUCGCAAGCCCAAGGAAAUAUCCUCGACGACGAUGCUAUCAUUGGUACACUCGAAUCACUCAAGCGUGACGCUGCCGAGAUUGCUCUCAAGGUCGAUGAGACUGAUUUGAUUAUGGCCGAGAUCAGUGCUGUAUCUGCUAUCUACAACCACGUUGCCUUGUCAUGCAGUCGUGUCUACUUUGCCAUGGAACAAUUGUCACAAAUCCACCAUCUCUACCAAUUCUCACUUAGAUUCUUUUUGGAUAUCUUUUAUGCUUUGCUCUACAACAAUGCUAACCUUGAAUCACUCAAAGACCCCAAUGAACGUUUGGCAGUCCUCCAAAAGGAUAUCUUUUGGUUAGUAUUCUCCCGUGUAUCGCGUACACUCCUCAACGACGACAAGAUCACCUUUGCCAUCCAACUCGCUCACAUUUCAUUAAAGUCUACCGCCGACGAGAUUAGUGACGCCGAGUGGGAGUUCUUGCUCAAGGGUGGUGACAACCUCAGCACGUCCAAGGAGCAAAUCGCAGCACUCCAAGGUGUCGCCAGUGCCACCCAACAAAAGUGGCUUGUUGCUCUCCGCACAUUACCCACUUUUGCUGCCAGCAAGCUCAUCGAACACAUCCAAAACAACUCUGGCGACUGGAAGGAAUUCCUUGCCAAGACAACCGACCAUAUUCCAGACAGCUAUGUCCAAGUACAACAAGCUUUGCUCUCAUCGGCCAAGCAAACCGACAAGACACUCCAAUUCAGAAAGAUGCUCUUGAUGAAGGCAUUCCAAACCGAUCGUAUUCUCCAAGCCGGUCACGCAUUUGUCACUGCCACCUUUGGUCAAGACUUUUUGACUGUACAAGCACUCGACAUGGUCAAGGUCAUUGAGAAGGAAUCCAAGGCAAUGUCUCCUCUCUUGCUCUGUUCUGUCCCAGGUUACGACGCAUCCUCUGUCGUUGACGAUCUUGCCGCCGAGUUGCGUAAACCAUACAAGAGCUGGGCUAUUGGUUCGCCAGAAGGAUUCCAGUCGGCUGAAAAGUCCAUCUACGAUGCUUCCAAGAGCGGUUCCUGGGUACUCCUCAAAAACAUCCAUUUGGCUCCACAAUGGUUGGUUCAAUUGGAAAAGAAGUUGCACUCGCUCACUCCACACCCCAACUUUAGAUUGUUUAUGACUAGUGAAAUCCAUCCAGGUCUACCAGCCAAUCUCUUGCGUAUGUCCAAUGUCUUCUCUUACGAGAAUCCACCCGGUGUCAAGGCCAACCUCUUACACACCUUUGCCAACAUUACCCCCGCACGUAUGGAUCGUCAACCUGUCGAACGCUCACGUCUCUAUUUCUUGUUGGCUUGGUUCCACGCCAUCAUCCAAGAGCGUCUUCGUUAUAUUCCACUCGGUUGGACCAAGGUAUUCGAGUACAAUGACGCCGAUCUUCGUGGUGCCAUCGACUCUAUCGACUAUUGGAUUGAUCUCUAUUCCAAGGGUCGUUCCAAUAUCGAUCCAGACAAGAUCCCUUGGGUUGCCGUCCGUACCAUUCUCGGUCAAACCAUCUAUGGUGGUCGUGUCGACAAUGAGUUUGAUAUGCGUCUCCUCAACUCGUUCCUCGAGCAACUCUUUACCCCCGCUGCUUUCAAUGCCGACUUCCCAUUGGUUCAAUCAAUUGGUCUCACCGUCCCAGAUGGCACCAACCGUGCCAACUUUGUCCAAUGGAUUGACAACUUGCCAGACGUAUCCACUCCAAUCUGGUUGGGUCUCUCUGACAAUGCCGAAUCGCUCCUUCUCACCAACAAGGCUAAAAAGGUUGUCAAUGAUCUUCAAAAGAUGCAACUCUCUGAAGAAGAUGCCAUUGAACCCACCGGCUCUGAAUCUGGUAAAGAACAACAACAAGAAGAUAAAUCAAAACUUAAACUUAAGAAUCUUAUUAAUGAUUGGAUAAAGACUAUUCCAAAGCCAAUGAAACAACCAAAGAGAACAGCACAAAAUAUUAAGGAUCCAUUAUUUAGAUGUUUUGAAAGAGAAAUUACAAUUGGUACUAAAUUGAUUAAAAAGAUUACGACCGAUUUGAAUAGUAUCAAUGAAUUGUUGGCCGGUACCAUCAAGCAAACCAAUUAUCUCCGUUCAUUGACUGGUAGCAUUACCAAGGGUAUGGUACCAAAGGAAUGGAAAUGGUAUUCAUGUCCAGAGUCUGUAUCCUUGACCAUUUGGAUUGUCGACUUUUUCAAGAGAAUGCAACAAUUGACCGAGAUCUCUGAAGCCACUGAAUUUAGAAACAUUCAAGUUUGGUUGGGCGGUCUUUUGAACCCUGAAGCCUACAUUACUGCCACUAGACAAUCAUCUGCUCAACUCAACGGAUGGUCACUUGAAAACCUCAGACUCCAUGUCGACGGUCUCGGUGAAACCAAGGCUGGCGAUGGUUUCACAGUCAGGGGUCUUUCACUUGAAGGUGCCACCUGGAACAACUCGAUCCUCACCCCUACCAAGGAUCUCUCUACACCAAUUGCAACCACUACACUUUCAUGGCGCGACAAGGAUGAUCCAAUCUUUGCCUCACCUGCCACCAAGCUCACCGUACCAGUCUACCUCAAUGAUACCCGUACUGAAUUACUCUUCUCACUCGAUCUCCAAUUCUUACAAACUACUACCAAACAAUCAUGGUAUCAACGUAGUGUUUCAAUUAGCUCAUGGAAACCUGAUUUCUAG